CUGGAGUCCCGGGCAGCACCUGCCGGGUCAGCGCCGUCCCUCCCCUGAGAAUCUGAUUCCCUGCGGCAGAGCGAAGCAGCAGCCAGGCUCCGACACCCCAGGAAUGCACCAUGCCGAUAGUCGAUAAGCUGAAGGAGGCCCUCAAGCCUGGCCGCAAGGACUCAGCGGAAGAUGGGGACCUGGGCAAGCUGCUGGCUGCGUCUGCCAAGAAGGUCCUUCUGCAGAGGAUUGAGUUUGAACCUGCCAGCAAAAGCUUCUCCUACCAGCUGGAGUCCUUGAAGAGCAAAUAUGUGCUGUUGAACUCCAGGGCGGAGGGAGCCAGUCACCACAAGAGCAGAGAUGAGCUGCAGGCCAGGAAACCAGGCACCGAGCGUGUGUCUGGAAGCGGAGGUGACGGAGUCCCUGCCCCACAGAAAGUGCUCUUCCCUACGGAGAGACUGUCGCUAAGGUGGGAGCGCGUUUUCCGCGUCGGUGCAGGGCUGCACAACCUGGGUAACACGUGCUUCCUGAACUCCACCAUUCAGUGCUUGACCUACACGCCGCCUCUGGCCAACUAUCUGCUCUCCAAGGAUCACGCUCGGAGCUGUCACCAAGGAAGCUUUUGCAUGCUGUGUGUCAUGCAGAACCACAUGGUCCAGGCCUUUGCCAACAGCGGCAAUGCCAUCAAGCCUGUUUCCUUCAUCAGAGACCUGAAAAAGAUCGCCCGGCACUUCCGCUUCGGGAACCAAGAGGAUGCGCACGAGUUCCUGCGGUAUACCAUCGAUGCCAUGCAGAAGGCCUGCCUGAACGGCUAUGCUAAGUUGGAUCGGCAGACACAGGCUACUACUCUGGUGCAUCAGAUCUUUGGAGGCUAUCUCAGGUCCCGAGUGAAGUGCUCUCUGUGCAAGAGCGUCUCAGACACAUACGACCCCUACUUGGACAUAGCCCUGGAGAUUCGGCAAGCUGCAAAUAUCGUGCGCGCGCUGGAACUUUUUGUGAAACCAGAUGUCCUGAGCGGAGAGAACGCCUAUAUGUGUGCUAAGUGUAAGAAGAAGGUUCCGGCCAGCAAGCGCUUCACCAUCCACAGAACAUCCAAUGUCCUAACUCUGUCACUCAAGCGCUUUGCCAACUUCAGCGGGGGCAAGAUCACCAAGGACGUUGGCUAUCCUGAGUUCCUGAACAUCCGCCCGUACAUGUCCCAGAGCAGUGGCGACCCUGUCAUGUAUGGGCUCUAUGCUGUGCUGGUGCACUCAGGGUACAGCUGCCAUGCUGGGCACUACUACUGCUAUGUGAAGGCUAGCAAUGGACAGUGGUACCAGAUGAAUGACUCCUUGGUCCAUUCCAGCAACGUCAAGGUGGUUCUGAACCAGCAGGCCUACGUGCUCUUCUACCUGCGAAUUCCAGGCUCUAAGAAAAGUCCUGAGGGUCCUGUGUGCAGGGUGGGCUCCACUCUUCCUAGUCGGCCCAGUGUCAUCCCAGAUCACCCCAAGAAGAGCCCUGCCAGGGGGCUCAUUUCCUCCCCGCUGAUGCCAAAGCGACCAGACUCGGUGAUGAUGAAAGAGCUGCAGUGCCCUGAGGAGGUUGGUGUGCCCGUGUCCAGGAAUGGCUCCGUUCCAGGCCCGAAGUGCGCGUCCCCGUCCCCAAGACUCACCCCGACACCCACACACAUGCCCACCCUUCUGGAGGAGCCUGGAAAGAAGGUGAAGAAGUCAGCUCCCCCGCAGUCCCUCACCUCACCCCCCAGCACCUCUCAGGGCUCUCCUGGGACCAGUGAAGCCAGGAACCAGCGGCCUGGCUCCUGGGCAAGCAGGGACACCAUCUUCUCUACCUCACCAAAGCUCCUGGCCAAGGCCUUUGCUAAUGGCCACAGGCUGAAGGGGGAAGGCAAUGGUGUGGACCUGGAGAAGGGGGCUUCGAGCAACUCAAGCCCUGAGCACUCUGCCAGCAGUGACCCUGCCAAGGCCCCGCAGACCCCCGAGGGCAGAGCUGCGCAUUACUGUGAUUCUCAGGGAACAGACUGUCCCGCUGGCCAUUCCAAAGCGCUGCUAAAUGGAGUCGAUCCCAAGACAGUGAAGCUCAAGUCCCCUGCCCUGAGCAGCACCGCUACCGAACCCACGAGCCUCAUGUCCCCUCCACCAGCCAAAAAACUGGCUCUGUCGGCCAAGAAGGCCAGCACCCUGCGGAGGGCGACCGGCAAUGACAUCGGUUCACCUCCCCCCUCAGCAUUCUCCGACCUCACCUACCCCAUGAAAGCCACCCACCCCGUCGUUGCCUCCACUGGGCCUGUCAGUAAAGCCAGGGCUGUUACACCUGCUCCCCGACCGUCUACCCUCCCGAAGCAUUCCGUCCACCCCCACUCUGCAUCACUGUCCAGUAGUAGCGCCAAGCCCUUAGGGACAUCAGAGCCACAGAGCUGCUGCUCCUCUGCCUGGACGCCCCUGCCUCAGGUCAAUGGGCACUUGUCCCACCUACACCAGCUGCCAGAGGCCAUCGAGGCCCCGCACGGCCCCUCCAGAAAGAGGAAGAAGACCCCUAAUGCAGAUCCCCAGAGACUGGCCAUAGAUACACACCUCCCACAGUGCCUCGGGGGAGCACCUGCAGGAGCACGCAGGAAGAGGAAGAAGAAGAAGAGGGGCCUGGAGGGUGUGGCUCCCAGGGCUCCCCAGCAGAAAGGCCAGCCUCAGGACCAGCCUUGGAGUCCCAGGGGCCGGAAGGCAGAGGGUACAAAUCCCCAGGCAAGCGACCAUCAAGUGAGUCACAUCCUGGACAGUCACCAUGUGAGCAGCAGGAAAAGGAGGAAGAGGAAGAGAUCAGAGGGACUUAGCCAGGAAGCCACCCUGUCCCAGAAUCUUCUACAGCAUGGCUGCUCCCCUGCGGACCACUGUGAGCCUGAGGUCAGGACAGACUUGCAGAGGAAGAAGAGGAGGAGAAAAAGAAAACAUGAGUCACAGCAGGAGGAAGAAGAAAACAAGCUCCCAGAAGGCCAGAGGAGCCCGAGGCCCAGUGUCACCCCCGCCCCUGAGUUGAGAAUGAAUGGCCAUCUUGCCAGUGACCGCCUGGGGCUGGGACAAGCACCUCUCGUGGCCUGGAACAGAGAUAAAGAGCCGGAUGUGGUCAAGGAGCUGCUCCAGGACUCGAGUGAUAAGGCUUACGGGAAAAAAGUUUUGACCUGGGAUGGUGAGCCUUCAGCGGUCAGUCAGGAUGCCAUCAAAGACAGCCGUUUGGCCCGGACCCAGACUGUGCUUGACGACUGGGAUGAGGAGUUUGAUCGAGGGAAGGAAAAGAAAAUCAAAAAGCUCAAGAGAGAAAAGAAGAGAAACUUCAAUGCCUUCCAGAAGCUCCAGAGUAGACGAAACUUCUGGUCUGUGACUCAUCCUGCUAAGGUUGCCAGCCUCGGCUAUCGCCGCUGAGCCUGCUGUGCUCGUUAGAGGAAGACCAGUGUGCCACUGCACCCCAGAACUGUCCCGUCACAUCCUGGGAACUGUCCACUUGGAUCUGAGGAGCGGCCUUGUGCAGACCCCACUGCACCGUGAACUUGCCGUGGUGGAGGCUCCUGGUGCCACCGUUCACAGAUGAUCCAAUGUAGAAGUCUCGGGGCUUCAGCUCAGGGCCUCUGGUGGCAUUCAUAAUGAACCUCACAAGAGGAAGCCUGGUCUGUGGUGUCAUGCUGACAGUAACCUAGGAGACGUCCUCAUAGUCCCUGGGGUCUGAGUAGGAAAACCCCUCUGUUCCUGGUCUGGGGCUGUCAGAGACAAGCGACGGGGGCCAGCGUCUCCCAGCAUGUCCUUCGCUCAGGAUGGGGGCAUGUCAGUGCCUCUUCCGGUGAGCCCUCCAUUGCUCUCCUGCUGGAGCUGUCUGUGGCCCUCUCCUCAGAGGGCCCCUGUAUGACUGACUGUCAGCUGCAGAGGAGAAACCCUGGUGACUGCGUUGCCCCCCACCGCCAAGUGCAUCUCCUUGAAGGACUCACUCCUUCUAGAAACCAGCAGCUCCAGACGUGGCAGAGCCUUGAAAUUUGUGCCUCUGCUUCUCAGGCUGCUGUCCCUGCCCAGGUGGCUUUGAUGAGCUUCUCCUGCGUCCGCACUAACCUGAGGGUCUCUGUCAAGGGGGUGGUCUUUGGAGAUGAACUCUCCGUUAUUUUAUUACUUAUGAUAAAGCAUUUAUUUUUGACCAGG